ACACCCCCCCCCCCCCCAGUCCCUCCAUCCUCGGGUGUCAUCUCUGCUCGGGAGCCUCUGAAGUUCUGAGGUGACUAGCAGAGGUGCAACAUCACGCCUCAGCCCAGAUAUAUGGAGCAGCAGCUCCAGCAAUCCUCAUUAAACGCUUUCAGAGAUUGACCACUACCACUGCUUUAACUCCAAGAGGAACAUCAAGCUCCACUAGAGAGACAGACCUGAACACUAGCUAAUUGGCAGUGAAAAAUCUGCUCUAAAGUCUAAAAAUGACUAGCUUCACUUCAGCCAUGGACAUAACCGCUCUGGAUCUCCAGGACGGUGGCGGCUCCCUCCUGUUUGACUGCGAGGUUCUCUUGGGACAGGCCUAUGACACUAAGACCUGCAACCUAGCCCUGUCUGACCCGGGGUAUUACAGCUGCAGCAGCUUGUCCCCGACGUCCUCUGUCGAAUCCUGCUUCUCCUCCCCGGCAGGACCAGGCUUCUCCCCAGCGGGACCUUGCUUCUCCCCAGCGGGACCUGGCUUCUCCGCAGCGGGACCAGGCUUCUCCCCGGCAGGACCAGGCUUCUCCCCGGCAGGACCAGGCUUCUCCCCAGCGGGACCUGGCUUCUCCCCAGCAGGACCAGGCUUCUCCCCGGCAGGACCUGGCUUCUCCCCAGUGGGACCAGGCUUCUCCCCAGCAGGACCAGGCUUCUCCCCGGCAGGACCUGGCUUCUCCCCAGCGGGACCUGGCUUCUCCCCGGCAUCAUUGCAAUGUGGCCCAGGGCUGGACUUCUCUCCGGUGCCUCUGUGUGGAGAACAGGACGCUCCCCUGUGCUUUCUCCACCGUGUAGCAGCCACAACCACCGCUGCUGUGAAAGAGGAGACCACUCAGACUCUACGUCUCCCUGUCGAAGUAACCUCCUCCACCUCCUCCACCUCAGCACCCAGGAGGGUCCGGUCCAGGUACCCGGGGAAGAAGCGUCAGAGCGCCAGCGACAGAGAGAAGCUGAGGAUGAGAGACCUGACCAAAGCCCUGCACCACCUCAGGACGUACCUGCCUCCCUCUGUGGCCCCGGCCGGACAGACCCUGACCAAGAUAGAGAUCCUGAGACUCACCAUCCGUUACAUCUCCUCUCUGUCUGACCAGCUGGAGCUCCAGGAGCAGGAGGCCCAGAAUCCCCAGAACCAGACCGUCUAUGGAGCCCAGUCACUCCUCUACAACCCACAUGAGACCGUCUCUCCAGCCCUGUACAACCCACAUGAGACCGUCUCUCCAGCCCUGUACAACCCACAUGAGACCGUCUCUCCAGCCCUGUACAGCCCACAUGAGACCGUCUCUCCAGCCCUGUACAACCCACAUGAGACCUUGUACCCAGACCUGUACAGCCCACAUGAGACCGUCUCUCCAGCCCUGUACAACCCACAUGAGACCGUCUCUCCAGCGCUGUACAGCCCACAUGAGACCUUGUACCCAUCCAUCUACAGCACAGCACAGUCCUGCUAUGACGCUGCAGAGCAAACCUCUUCAUCCUCCCACCAGCGGAGCUUUCGUCCAGAACAAUUCACUCCACAACACUCACACCAGAUCUCGGGUGAUAUCUGCUAUGCUUCAGCUGUGACACAACAGUUCCAGAUACGCCAGCAACAGACCAUGUACUCUGAACGCUGCUGAACCACACUGACUUCACAGAGAGACUUACUAUAUUUACUGUCAUUGGAACAAUAACAAUCUCACUUUUUUUUUUAUGUUGAACGACAUUCAUGUAUUUUUA